GUUUGUGAGUUGGAUUGUUAGUGUUUAAGAUGCCCGAGCCAGCCAAGUCCGCUCCGGCCCCGAAGAAGGGCUCCAAGAAGGCGGUGACCAAGGCGCAGAAGAAGGACGGCAAGAAGCGCAAACGCAGCCGCAAGGAGAGCUACUCGGUGUACGUGUACAAGGUGCUGAAGCAGGUGCACCCCGACACCGGCAUCUCGUCCAAGGCCAUGGGCAUCAUGAACUCGUUCGUCAACGACAUCUUCGAGCGCAUCGCGGGCGAGGCGUCCCGCCUGGCGCACUACAACAAGCGCUCGACCAUCACGUCCAGGGAGAUCCAGACGGCCGUGCGCCUGCUGCUGCCCGGGGAGCUGGCCAAGCACGCCGUGUCCGAGGGCACCAAGGCCGUCACCAAGUACACCAGCUCCAAGUGAGCUUGACAAGUAAGCGUCCUGUCAUCCAACCCCAAAGGCUCUUU